AUGGCCUCGGCGCAGCGGGAGGUUGUUAUGGAAGCGUUGGUUGAAGAGGACUCCGUGCACCAGCUCAGAGAAGAGCCCGUCUCCGCCGACACCAACUACCCUUUAAGGCCGGGCAAAGAAUUUCUCUGUUGCGGCUCUGCUUCUAAAACUAGCCAACAUCUCAUUGUCUUCGGCGCUAGAACACGUACAAUGCCGUCGAACCUGUUUCACAAACAGUCAGAGUCCUCCUCAGUAGCAAACCCAUGCACUGAUGCCCAUCCCAAUGAUUCUGCUAGUCAAUUGCACGAUGUAACGAAACCCAGAAGCGCAUUUGUAUCCUGUCUAGACGUAAGCCCCUACCUCUAUCAUGUCUCAUCAGCAUCUCCGGAAGGGUCGCAAUGA